UUCGCGAGGCUUGCGUGACUUUCUUAGAAAUGAUCAAUACCAAAUGCUGAAGAAAUUGAAUCAGGAAGUCCCCAUCAAGUAUCUUUUUGUCAAUCGGGCACGACUGCGGAUGCCCGACCUGAGUGAUCGCCUUCGAGGGACCUUGUGGUGGAUCUUCAAUAUGGUCAGCCGUGGUGAUAUGCCAAUUGCGAUCGGAUCAGAGCUAAGCGAUCUUCGAUGCAAGGCAGUCGACGCGGUCACUCUGGAAUUUGAACACGAUGAACAAGAUACGGGAGCAGAGACAGAGCGGAAGUUGAUCUUGAGAUCGAUUGCAAGAGCGGUUGAGCGUUGACACUUCCAUCACAUAGUUAGUGUUAGGUAGAG